CAGCAGUAGCAGUCUCCAAAUUAUGUACAUGCAUUUCCUCCUCCGUCGAACGCACCACCACCAGCGUCAACAAUGGCGGACACUAUUCGACGAUGCCCUUUCCAUCAAACAUGUAAGAGAUCGUGGAUUGGACCACGCUGUCGAAAGAGAAAAGAAUCUCAAACCACUUCUCAACAUCAAGAAUCUUAUCAAAUCUGAACCAUCGAAAUCUAUUCCCUUAAACAUCAUCACACAAUCUAAAGAUACUCUACAAAUCCCAUCUCGCCCCAUUGAGUUUAUCCGAAAAUAUCCUUCAAUUUUUCAAGAAUUUUUCCCUGCUAGCAUAAACAUACAUCCCCAUAUCAAGUUAACCCCAGAAAUUCUCAGUAUUGACUCAGAUGAAGAGCUGUUCUAUCAAAGUGUGAGUUACAAAGAAGAUGUUGCAGAUAGGCUUUUGAAGAUUUUGAUGAUAGGUAAAAUUAAUAAAAUUCCUUUACAUGUUAUUGAUAAGCUUAAAUGGGAUUUGGGUUUGUGUAAUAAUUUUGUGGAUACUAUAGUACCAGAAUAUCCGGAUUAUUUUCAGGUGAAUAAUGAGUCAAUGUUGGAGUUAGUUUGUUGGAGUCAUGAACUUGCUGUUUCCUUUUUGGAAAAACAAGCAGUGAAAUGUGAAAGUGAGGAUUUGUUAGUUAAGUUUGAUUUGAAGUAUUUGAAUGGGUUUGAGAUGGAUAAGAAGUAUAAGAAAUGGGUUGAUGAAUGGAAAAAAUUGCCUUAUAUUUCGCCAUAUGUGAAUGUAAAGAAUCUUCCUGAAAAGAGUGAUGAAGCUGAUAAGUGGGCAGUGAUAAUUUUGCAUGAAAUUCUUAGUCUUUGUGUUGGGAAGAAGGCGGAGAAAGAUAAUUUGCUUUUGAUAGGAGAGUAUUUGGGACUUCGUUCUAGGUUUAAGAGGGCAUUGUUGUUGCAUCCAGGGAUAUUCUAUGUGUCAAGUAAGAUCGACACACAUACUGUGGUAUUGAAGGAGGGCUAUAAAAGGGGAAUGUUAAUUCAGAAGAACUCGUUGGUAGAACUGAGGUCUAAGUAUGUUUAUCUCAUGAACAAGGUUAUGGAGGAUAAAAAAUUGAAAGAAGUGCAGCAAAAAGGUAGUCAUGAUCUGAAAGAAGGUGAUGCAAAGGAAACUGAUGUUGAUAAUGAAGAUGAAGAAGAAAAAGAUUAUGAUGAGGACUCUGAUGAUGUGCAUAAUGACUACCAUGAUGAUGAGACGGACAAUGAGGCUAGAGAUGUGAAGCAUAGCCAAAGAGUAAACUCGAGGACAAGAGUUGAUGAUAGAAACUCGAUGACAAGAGAUGAUGAUAGGAAGCCUAGCCGAAGAUUAAAUUCGAGGACAAGAGUUGAUGAUAGAAACUCGAUGACAAGAGAUGAUGAUAGGGAGCCUAGCCGAAGAUUAAACUCGAGGACAAGAGUUGAUGAUAGAAACUCGAUGACAAGAGAUGAUGAUAGGAGGCCUAGCCGAAGAUUAAACUUGAGGACUAGAGAUUAUGAUAGGAAUACUUCAGCUACCUCUCCGAGGACAUCCUUGGGGAGAAAUCAAAAUAGAGAUGUGGAAAGGCCAUCAAGAAGAUCGUCUUGGAGAGCAGAAAAUAACAGUGAGCAAGAUGCUCGAUCAAGAUAUGGGGACAGAAAGCUUCCAAUAAAUUCAUUGAAGACUUCGGCAGGAAGAAGUUCCAACAGAACCAACGAAAGAGUCUCUCGAUCUCCUAGGAGGGUGGAGACUAAUGAUAAUCAAUAUGCUCACCGGAGACCAAGUAACAAAUUUGAUCUUCAUAGAAACCGGGGAACAUCUGAACAGAGGAGGAAUUCCACACCAUGAAAAGCUAUUCGCUCUGUGAAGGCAUUGCAUAAUAGGCUUGCUUUUGAUAGUUUUAGGUUUGUCAGUUGUCACUCACAAUUGUUGGUCCUGAAUCUAGAGAUUAUAAUAUUGGAUGGUUAGAUCCAAAAAAGAAACUGCAAAGUAUUAGGUGGUAAGAAACACAUGAUAGUUUUCACAAUUAGUGUUAAGAGUCAAUUGUGAAACCAAGAAAAACACCACAAAAACCAGGCAAAGUGGGCAAUGGCAGUAGCAUUUAGGCUGUAAGUAGCAAUAAAAUCCAUCAUGCAUCUGCAGAUGGACUGUUGAGUCUAAAUGGUAGUAGCGCUAGCUAUAUUACUUAGGGUCGUCAUAGCAACGCAGCAUGGUGCACCAGGAAUGGGAUCUGGUGUGCCAUAGUUCACGAAGUUGGCGCACAUUGAUACCGUUGUCAUUGUACUGUUUUAGUGCGAAUUUGGUGCUACUGUUUUGGUGCAAUUUUGGGGUCUGUUUUUGGUGUUUUUAUCGUGCAGUUUUUGGUGCAGUUCCAACUCUUUUCUGGUGGUUUUGUUGGUGCAAGUCUAAUGUUGUUUUAGAGGUGAUUCUGAUGCUACUGUUUUGGUGUAAUUCCAAUGCUGUUUUGAUACUUUUUUGGUGUAAAUUUAGUGCAGUUUUGGAUCUUUUCUGCUGCUGUUUUGGUGCAACUUUAGGGUUGUAGCAGUGUGAAUCUAGUCUAACUGUUUUGGUGCAUUUCCGGUGCUAUUUUGAUACUUUUCUAGUGCAAUUCUGGUGUUGUUUUGAAGAACUUUUGGU